GUCGAGCGGGGCGCGGUCGCCGUCAGUCGUCACGGAGUGGAGCUGGUGCUUGUCAUCCGGCCGCCAUUAUCUCAUACGAUUUCAUAAAAUCAAUUAAAGUUUUCGCUGUCAUUACGCGUUCGAGUGUCGUGUGAAUUACGGAUUCGUGAAUGUCACAAGGUUCUGAUCUUCCGCACAAGUGUCGGUCGAGCUGCGAGAGUGAUCAGUGAUACGAUUAGGUUACUGUGUGAGUGGUGUAACGUCGUGUAGGGUGGCUCCGGUUAGCCGGGGCGGCAGGACGCGGUCGGAGCGUAUGCAGAGGGAGCGGUGAAAGCGCGCCCGGCUAGGGAGUCGGGGCGAACGGCGGCGAGGGCGAAGGGACAGCUGCCGACAUGGGGUGCACGCAGUCGGCCGAGGAACGAGCGGCCGCUGCCCGGAGCCGAGCGAUCGAGAGGAACUUGAAAGAAGAUGGCAUGCAAGCUUCCAAAGAUAUAAAGUUACUGCUGCUAGGUGCCGGCGAGUCGGGGAAGAGUACGAUAGUUAAACAAAUGAAAAUUAUCCACGAGAGUGGCUUCACAAAUGAAGACUUCAAGCAGUAUCGGCCGGUGGUGUACAGCAACACGAUCCAGUCCCUCGUCGCCAUACUGCGCGCCAUGCCCAACUUGGGCAUCACAUAUGGAAACAAAGAUCGCGAGAGCGACGGCAAAAUGGUGUUCGACGUGAUCCAACGGAUGGAGGACACGGAACCCUUCAGCGAGGAGCUGCUGGCGGCGAUGAAGAGGCUGUGGUCCGACGCUGGUGUGCAGGAGUGCUUCGGCCGCUCCAACGAGUACCAGCUCAACGACUCUGCUAAAUAUUUCCUGGACGAUCUCGACCGGUUAGGUGCCAGAGAUUACCAACCCACCGAGCAAGAUAUAUUAAGAACUAGAGUCAAAACCACCGGAAUUGUCGAAGUGCACUUCUCCUUCAAAAACCUUAAUUUCAAAUUGUUCGACGUGGGCGGUCAGCGGUCGGAGAGAAAGAAAUGGAUCCAUUGCUUCGAGGACGUGACCGCGAUCAUAUUCUGCGUCGCCAUGUCGGAGUACGACCAGGUGCUGCACGAAGACGAGACAACGAACCGCAUGCAGGAGAGUCUGAAGCUGUUCGACUCCAUCUGCAACAACAAGUGGUUCACGGACACCAGCAUCAUCCUGUUCCUCAACAAGAAGGACUUGUUCGAGGAGAAGAUACGCAAAUCCCCGCUCACCAUAUGCUUCCCUGAAUACACAGGUGCGCAAGAGUACGGCGAGGCGGCGGCGUACAUCCAAGCCCAGUUCGAGGCGAAGAACAAGUCCACCACCAAGGAGAUCUACUGCCACAUGACGUGCGCCACCGACACCAACAACAUACAGUUCGUGUUCGACGCCGUCACUGACGUCAUCAUCGCCAACAACCUGCGCGGGUGCGGCCUCUACUAGACUCCGCCACACCACAGCUAGCCGUACAGACUACCCCACACACUACAGCUAGCGGUACAGACUACCCCACACCAUAGCUAGCGGUACAGACUACCCCACACACCGUCACCAACUGACCACGUUGCGUUGACCGAUACUACCAAUAUCAAAUCUCUAUAGGAUAUACUUUGACGUUUAACACCGCAAAUGUGAGAUUUAGCCAUUUUGUAGGUGUCAAAAAAAUGAUUUAAUUUACUUUACGAACAGUAGUAUGCACUUUCUUUUAUGGGUUUACUCAAUUGAUAGUGUUUUAUCUAUCAAAUGCUAUUCAUUAAAAAAACACCUACAACUCUAGCUAAAGUUUCGAGCUAUUAAGAUUUUGCUAACUUUAAAUAAAUAAAGCUCAUUUGACAUUAAAAAAUAAAAUUGACUUAUUUUAGUUAAUAAACAUUGAAUGUCAAAUGUGUGACUUAAACUGUCGGUCGGUAAACGCAACGUCGUUUAGUUAUUGAUGUAACCACAAAAGUUAUGAUUUUCACAUCAUUUGCAUGAGAGAAAUAAAACUAACUUUUAAACUGAUUUCUUUUUUGAAUUGUUAAAACCAUGUAUUGGUGGCAAAUUGAAUUGAAAAAAAAAUUACUUGAAUUUAGGUUUUAUAACUUAAUUUUGGAUUUUUUUCAAACAAUUAGACAUUGAUGUUGCAAUUUCUCAUUCAAAUGAUACUUUGGAAGAGUAAAAUCGCAAUUUUUAUGAUUACUCAACCAUUUUUUCAUCCGUCGAUUUCUUUUGCAAGACCUUUUAUAACAAUCAAAUAUGUUUGUUACGGGACUUUAUAUAAAGCCUUUACAAAGUUGCAUUAAAUAUUUUUUUUUACCUGGCAAUUCAACUUUCAAUUUGUCUAUGAAGCGAAAGGUGUGUCACAAUGAAAAUGAAAUUUUGCGUCCAUAGACAAUAAAAGUUGAUGUGCCAGGUCAAAAAUACAAAAGGUUAAUGGAAUAGAAGUUGACGUAUUAAUAAUGUCUUAUUCAUAAAGAAAUUCCAAUGUCGCUUCCAAACAAAGCGGACAGGUUCAAAGUUUCCUUACGAGAGGAAUAAAGCAAAAAUAUACAAGGUUAUUUUGUAUAUAUACAGACAAAAUCAUUGGCACGAAAAAUAUCACAUAAUUAUGAUAACUAAAUAUGUGAUAAGUCAAAAAAAAAAAUUAACAAUCCAAAAACUUUUAUUUCUUGAAUUUUUGUUUUAAUCCAGUGAGUGUGUCGAUAUAUUCUAUGUUGGUUUCAAUCCUAUUUGGGGCUUUAAUAUGGGGGUAGAAUCGAAGCUAACAUAGUGUAUACUUACAAAUUCAUGUGAGGUAUAUAUUCCUUUUUUUUAAACACUGUUUGAAUACUUAAUGAUUGCGAUAAUGACAUAACUGAAUUGAUAUUGUCUGUAUAUAAGAAAUAACUCAAAUAACUCGUAUCUUAGAUUGUAAGUAUUAUCACAAUCAGUCAUGUUUCGAUAUAUAAAUCGCUGCAUUCUUAUAAUAUGUAUGUAUAGUUUAGCUUCAGUCGCUAUGUUUGGACACGACGUGAAAAUGUAAAAUUGGAUGAAUCUUUCUCAUAUUUAUAAUAGGAUGUAUUUUUGUGGUCGUAAAGCAUUUUCUAAUCGUUCCACAACUUUUUGUAACGGAUUGAACAAAAACCGUUGAUAUAUAAAGCCAAAGAUAUGCAGUUUCACAUUAGAAGUGUCCAAAGGAUGUUUGCAAAUUAAGCACAAGAAUAUGUGAGUGAUGUUAACGGUUGAUCGUGAAAUAAUAUUCAUCAUGACUUUGGUCAACUUCUACUGAUGACUUUAAUUAAUUUUUCAACUUUAAUCAUUCUUGUUACAUAAGUAGCAGUGGGGGUUGCGCAUCUACAAUACGCAUCAUUGAUGCCUCAUUCAAAUUAAUCCUUUACAUUUUUAAAUAGUAUAAAUACCAUUACAAAAAGCAUUUAUAAAGUGAGAUUCUGAUAUGGGAUUUUUUUUAUUUAAUGAACUGUUUAUCUUUAGUGUUAUAUAUCAACGGUCACUGUAUAUCAAUUGUCACAUCCUUACCUAGUGGUGGAGCGUCGUAUGUAUUAUAACAUGAAGUAAGCUUGUUAUACCGAUGCAAUUGUGCACUGUGCAAUCUGGCUUCGGCGUUCUAUGUUAUGUGCUCCAUAUGCGGUGUGCAACUAGAUCCCACUCUAAUAACACCACCCACUGUAUAUUGUUCAACAUAUUGUACUUUGUAGCUUGUGUAGACCAAACUGUUUUGGCCUGUCUGAUAACUUGCUUUUUUAUACCCUUAGAUAUUUAAACAUUAAAAAAAAUACCAAUUCUGGAGAUACAAAUAGAUACACUUAUGAAUCGUUUAUAACUACAUUUAUGAGUGACGCUAACGAGACGUGUUAUUUUUCAAUCGACUAAUAUAUAAAACGAGAGAUCAACUUAUAAAUUCAAAAAUCGUUUAUAAAGAGGUAGAAAUUGUAUUUCACUGUCGAUUUUCAAUCAACUUGAAUACGAUAAAUCAACUUAUGAUUCACUCAUAAAACGUUAUUUAGGAGAGGUCAUGUAUCUUAUAUUCCACUUUUAUUCUAUAAUCAACUUAGAUACAACAGAUCAACUUUUUAAUAAUAAUAAUAAUCUAAAAUUGUCGACUUGACGACUUCUUUGUGUUAACUUGAGAGUGAAGUUAGGCAAGAGUUAAGUUGUAAGCAUAUCAACUUGUAGAAAAUCUCUAUAGAAGUUUUUAAUAUAUCUAUGAAUGUGCAAGUUGUAUUUCAGACCGGCCAAAAUAUUUGUUGCUAGUUUCCACGUGGACAUAAAUUGCACCCUCUUAGCUCAGUCGAAAAGUUUAGGUAUCUAUAAUAGUGUUCGAUUCUAAAUUUUGGUGCUAGACAUUAAAUUUUGUAAAAAAAAACAUAUGGAGAAAAAUUGGUUGUGUUUGCGGUCUAGUUGCGACACUGUCGAGCGCCAUUUAUUGUUUCGCAUUCAUUGUACUAUCUCCUUGAAAUUUACUCGAAAUUUAAUGACAUACAAAACUGUAGUGGCAGAUAAAAAAAAAUCUUUGAUAAUAUUCAGCAAAUAAAUUAAUAUUACAGAAUUUUUAAUAUAUUCUAUGUGUGUGCCAUUGGAAUACAAAAGUUGACGCAUAAAUAAUUACCUAAUAAUAAAAUAAUUCAACUAAUUAUUUUAUCAAGUAAAAUAUAAUAAAUCAACAAGCAAAUUUAAAAUGAUUUGAUAUAAUUCAGUGAGAUAUACAAUAUAUAACAAAACAUAUAAUGCCAGUGAUGUGCACUCCAUAGAUGCGAAAAUGCACUGCUUACUAGGGUAAGAAGUGUAUUUUGACAUUUUUGCAAAGAGUUAUGACGAAUCUGCUUUGGAGAAAAUAUAGUGCUUACACUAGUUAAACACCAUGUGCACACCACUGGUCUUGCAUUUAGUAUUUGAAUGCGAAACAAUAUGUCUGUGCAUCAGAACACAUGCGCUUAUAUACUCACUCUCUUACGGACCAAAAACAGAAAGGAACCAAUAUUUAGUGCAAAAAGUUUUCCUUAGCAAGAGAUUGUCCUCGCUCGGGUCAAAUGAUUCGAACAUUAAUCUCAGAGGAUAAUAUACGUAAUGACACUUGUUUUAAGGUUCAAUUUGGUCUGUGUAUUUAUUUAUAUAGCCAGAUCAUUGACCACUUAUAAUAAAAAGACGCACAAUCAUGUAGAAAAUUUCACUUAGAAACUGGCCAAUUUUGCUUUGACAGUUUUAGAAUUGUUUGUAAAGAUAAUUAUAUCUAGAGGCCUUUAAAUAUAGUUCAAUGUUCAGUAAAAUCCCAAAUUCAGAGCAAAUUCAAUCUAAGCAUUGAGUUUAAGGUUGAAUUUGCAAAUGCGAUAACUUGAAUAAUACAAAAGAAGUUGUGUGUGGCACUCAUUGAAUGGGGACGUUUUUUGGUCGCUGAUUGUGCAUCUACUUUUUAAUAGGAGGUCGAUGAGCCAGAAGCAUGUAAGCUGAAUAUACAACUUUAUUACAAGUGGCAUUAGGUUCUUUUUACUCUGUCGAAACGUUACAAUCAUCGCUCGUCGAAUCGACCAAUCUCGUUCUAUGGAUACGGUAUAUAACGAUAUGCAUGAUUACAUUCACAGGCCUACUUUAACUGAUACAAAAUAUCAUUCCAUUAUUAGAUAUUAUCACUUACAAUGAAGAUUUAUUUUUUUAUAAACUUUUGAAAGCACAAACUGUAAGCACAUCGUGUUAAGGUAUAUUUUCGUUUGGCACGCCUUCCAAGCUAAGGUGUAUCCUCGAACAGAACAAAAAAAAAUAUUUUUUAAGUUUAGCGACAUACUAUGCACAAACUGUUUAUUCCUACGAGAGAAUUAGUUAUGCCAUAUACAAGUAUAUAUAGUUCUUUUUUGUGUUCAUAUUUUUUCUAUAUCACUUUUACAGUAAUACAUUAAGGUAGCAUUUUAAGAUCUAAUCGUGUAUGCAAUUAUAAAAAUCAUGUUAGGUAUUUAUUUUUAUCUAGCGUAUUUAUAUUUAUAAAGUAUAUUUAAAAAUGUUUGAAUUAUAAUUUUUGUAAUUAAGUGUAAACGGGACUUUGUCGUGCAAGAAAGGCACAUAUUCACUUACUUGCCAAUUGGAAAAAUGAAAUAUGACAAUUAUUGUUGGAACCUACAUUGUCUUGUACUUGAGUUUUUGACGGCCUUCAUAGCGCAGUGGUGUGCGUGGUGAACUUACAAGACAGAGGUCCUGGGUUCGAUCCCCGGCUGGGCUGAUUGAGAUUUUCUUAAUUGGUCCAGGUCUGGCUGGUUUGACUCUUCGGCCGUGGCUAGUUACAACCCUACCGGCAAACGAUUUAGCGUUCCAGUACGAUGUCGCGUCGAAACCGAAAGGGGUGUGGAUUUUCAUCCUCCUCCUAAACAGUUAGCCCGCUUUCAUAAUAGAUUGCAUUCAUCACUUGCCAUCAAGUGAUAAUGUGGUCAAGGGCUAACAUGUAGAGAAUAAAAAAAAUCGGUUGUCUGUAAAGUCGGUUUUGCUGACGAUAGUUGAACGAGUCAUAGGUAAAAAAGUUGGCAACCCUAAAGCGAGGGAACGACGCAUGACGUCAUCUUUUUUUAAGUGUGCAGCCGGCUCCAUCGAAUUAUAAGACGUUGUCACGUCAAAAAAAAAAGUUAGUGAAUAUGUCCUCGUUCCUUGCGACGAUUUCCUCGGAAGUUGUGUAAUCCACAGAAUAACGACCCCACGUUACCAUAGCCUGGGUUCUGUUACAUUAUGUGUAAGAUAUGUGAGUAUAUAAACUUGUAUACACUCGCGAAUUGGCGUAAUCAAACGUUAUACAUAUAUAAAACUAUAUAACAUAAUUUAUUAUUAAAUACUAAAAUUAAAGAAGAGAAAAAAAUCUUACUUUAAGCGUUUAGGACAGUAACUGUAUCAAAUAAACAUUAAUUAAUAAUGCAAUUAGACAGUAACCUUUACUAUUAUCAUAGUUAGGUGAUUUGUUUUCAUUUUUAUUUUCUAUAUUGAGUAUGUAAAAAGUGAUUACUUAAAUGAAUAUUUAACGCCUACUGUGACCGCGCGGGCCACUCCGACGUCGGCAUUGUGGAACCAAAGAAGUGUAACAAUGUAAGUAAGUUUGAGGAGGUGCGGGCAAAAUGGCCUAUGACCCUACGUCAUACAUUCUACUGAGAUAGUCUUUCAAUGCACUAUACUAGUUACAGUAUUUCAAUGUACUAUAAUAGUUACUGUCGCAGUCUUUCAAUGUACUAUAAUAGUUACUGUUGCAGUCUUUCAAAUAUACUAUAAUAGUUAUUGUUGCAGUCUUUAAUGUACUAUAAUAGUUACUGUUGCAGUCCUUCAAUGUACUAUAAUAGUUACUGUUGCAGUCUAAUGUACUAUAAUAGUUACUGUUGUAGUAUUUCAAUGUACUAUAAUAGUUACUGUUGCAUUAUUCUAUGUACUAUAAUAGUUACUGUUGCAGUCUUUUAAUGUACUAUAAUAGUUACUGUUGUAGUAUUUCAAUGUACUAUAAUAGUUACUGUUGCAGUAUUUCUAUGUACUAUAAUAGUUACUGUUGCAGUCUUUUAAUGUACUAUAAUAGUUACUGUUGCAGUCUUUUAAUGUACUAUAAUAGUUACUGUUGUAGUCUUUCAAUGUACUAUAAUAGUUCGCGUCGAAUGGAACGAUUCUACGCGUCGAAACUCCACACAGUACCUUCGACAUUAGCGUCGACGUACUCGGCAGUAUUCGCACCGUUGUAUCGGCGACAUUCGCAGUCGGAGAGUGGCCCGCGACCCGAGCGCACGUCGCUCGCUUGUUGCUAGGUAGGUUUUUUACUGUUAUAUAACGAUAUGUGUAUGUAAAACAGAACUAAUAAAUAUAAUUAGCGCAGUUCAACAUUCAAUCCCGAAACGUAUAAUUUAGGUAAGCUUCAUACUACAUUUAGAGGAUCGGAGGUGGGCGGUACCGCCGCGACCCACGCCUCCCCGCGGCUCGUCUGUUUGUUGCGUUUGGAUGUGUUCCUCCGCCGAUCACCUUGUAUGCUUUAAUAUUUCGAGUGGAUGUGAUGUAAAUUUUGUACACUGCCGCAUUGUUUGUUCGCUCGAAUCACAUUUAGUUUGUAAGGAACGUGACUGCGGCCGACGGCGUUCGUGACGCACGCGUCACAGCGCACACGUCGCCGCAGAUAGGCACGAGAGUUGCGCACACUACACCGGCGUCGCAUGGACGCUCGACCGCCGCCGCGCGCGGUCGGCUCACGUGGCAAGUGCGUAAGCUUCUUAUUUUAAGACUGAAUUGUUGCGGCUCAAAGGUUUAUCGCGCUCAUUAGAUCCACAUCGGGGAGGAGUUUUAUGAAGUUUUCGAGAGUUGGUCGGCGCUCGUCGGGCCGGUUGAGAUAGGUGUCGCGUGACCGCGUAUCUAGGGCUCCGAGACCGGACCGACGGUGUUUUAGCGACAAUUCAGUUGUAAUUAAUAAUAAAUAAUAAUAAUAAAUUAUUGAAUACGAGACGUUGAAUUUUUAGCGAUUUAAGUCGUCGUUAUGUGUCAUCGCAUCGCUUCAUUCAUGUUUACCAAAGUUAUAACUAACCUCACUAUUUAUACUGUAUGUUCUUGAUUGACUUACGUCUGAGAUUCGCGGUAAGGGCGGAGGUGCGGCGCAUGUAUUGUAGGCGCGGCCCCGGCAUCGAAUACUUUAGUCGUACGGGUACCGGUCAGAGUACAAUGUGAACAAAUGUUACGUUGCUCGCGGCGCGUUGCACCGCGCGGCCGAACGUCGGCUGCGACGCGCGGCGCCAGUCUACAACAAGCGUUCUUUGGAAGUAACAUUUUUAGUCACUAGUAGGUAAUUUUUGAAUGUGAUUCAAUCUUAUCAUUAUUUUUCUAUAUCGAGUGACAUGUAACUUUUAUUUCUUUACGUUCAGACUUUUUUGUAAUGCAUUUACUGAAAGCGAAGUAUUUAACCAACGAUGUAAUUAAAAACAAUGUUUUCUCUUUUUUGUAUCUCGUCUGCACUGGUAUUUUUUAUUGAAUUUACUAUAAAUGUACUUUAAGUGUAUAAUUUUAAAUAAUUAAUUACUGAAAAUGAUUAUAUUCUAAUUUUUAUGUUCAAAUAAU